CUUGCGCAGGGUAAGUAGAGCGCAUGAGUGGACCGCCAUUUUGUGGCUGCUGAGAGAGCCGAAGCGGGAGGAGGCGUUGCUGCUCUUGUCGUUUCCCUUUGGCCUCGCACGCUUUUUUACCCCGUUUCGCUCCCCUUUUUUCCGCCUUCGGUUGGAUCGGAUCGUUGCCGGUUUUUCUUUUUUUGAAUUCCUCUUUUCUCCUCACCCCCGCUCCUACUUGGGCUGCUUCCCGCCCUUGCUCCUCCGCCUCUUCUCUCACGCGCCGACCAACCCCAACCGCAGCCAUUGCUGACCUCGCCAUGUCUGGUGGCGGCGUGAUCCGCGGCCCGGCCGGGAACAACGACUGCCGCAUCUACGUGGGUAACCUGCCGCCGGACAUCCGCACCAAGGACAUCGAGGACGUCUUUUACAAGUACGGAGCCAUUCGGGACAUCGAUCUCAAGAACCGCCGAGGGGGGCCGCCCUUCGCCUUCGUCGAGUUUGAGGACCCCAGGGAUGCAGAAGAUGCAGUGUAUGGACGGGAUGGAUAUGAUUAUGAUGGGUACCGUCUACGGGUGGAGUUCCCUCGAAGUGGUCGAGGCACUGGCAGAGGAGGAGGAGGCGGUGGAGGUGGUGGGGCCCCAAGGGGCAGAUAUGGACCCCCAUCGAGGCGUUCUGAGUACAGAGUGAUAGUAUCAGGAUUGCCUCCCAGUGGAAGCUGGCAGGAUUUAAAGGAUCACAUGCGUGAAGCAGGUGAUGUAUGUUAUGCUGAUGUUUUCCGAGAUGGAACUGGUGUCGUGGAGUUUGUUCGGAAAGAAGACAUGACCUACGCAGUGCGAAAACUGGAUAACACUAAGUUUAGAUCUCAUGAGGGAGAAACUGCCUACAUCCGUGUUAAAGUUGAUGGCCCAAGAAGUCCGAGUUAUGGAAGAUCUCGUUCCCGCAGCCGUAGUCGUAGCAGAAGCCGUAGCCGAAGCAACAGCAGAAGUCGCAGUUAUUCCCCGAGACGAAGCAGAGGAUCUCCACGCUACUCUCCCCGCCACAGCAGAUCACGUUCUCGUACAUAAACGAUCUUUAAUAGUGCUCCUUUUUGUAGAAUUUCUCCAUGUUGUAUGCAGUUUUCAUUUGCCCAUAAAUAGUCCAUUCUUUUGGG